AUGGGCUCGACACAAGAAAGCCCUAAUAUAUGCACCGAGUGGUAUCCCAUCAGACAGUUCUUAUCUUAUCCGGGGUAUAACUUCUCUCUGGUCAUUCUAAACCAGCCGAUCAGCGAUGAGGGCUUGUUUAGAGACCUCUGGAGAAUAGCUCAAACACGCGUUGCUGCCGAUGGGGGUGCCAACCAGAUUUACGAUCUUAACCGAAGAUCUUUAUUAACAAAGAAAGAUUCUGCGUCUUCUGCUAGGUGCAACUAUGUAAAUCUUAAUACCAUAAUUGGCGACCUAGAUUCUCUAUCCGACGAGUCUAGAAGCUUUUUUACUACCAAGCCCGCGGAUUGUACUAUCAUUCACGAUCCAGAUCAGUAUUCUACCGACUUCACUAAAGCUGUCAAGUUCGUUCGAACAGCAUUUCCAAAGAGAGAUAUCGUAUGUAUGGGCGGACUGGGAGGGCGCGUUGAUCAAGGAUUAAGCCAAAUACAUCAUCUAUACUUAUUCCAAACUUCGCCAACCUACGCAGAUGGAAAGAUGUUUCUCCUUUCUGGAGAGAGCUUGUCUUUCCUUCUCAAGGCCGGAAAGCAUCGUAUACACGUCCGCGAGCCUGACGCCACCGUUGGCGACUUCGUUCGUAUGAGCGGCGAGCCGUUUGCCAAGUACGUCGGCAUCAUCCCGGUCAAAGAGCCAAGCGUAAUCACCACCAAGGGCCUUGAGUGGGACGUCGAGAAUUGGCCAACCGAAUUUGGCGGGCAGAUGAGUACAAGCAAUCAUCUUUUACCCGAUACAAAAGUUGUUGAAGUUGAGACUACGAAGGAUGUACUUUUCACCAUCGCCUUAAAAUAG